CGCCUUUCGGGGAGGGCACCCGCCGGGGCACCGAGGUGAGGGCGGGGCGAUCGUGCGUUCUGGGAUCGGCAUGAAGCUUUUUCCGCACCGUGUUCUGAGUCGUCUGCCAGGCUCGCUUUUCGUCCGUGCUACUGUCGUCGAGUCUGCAGUUUCGGCGGCGUCGAGAGCAGGCGGGUGCCGGCAACGAGGCCAGGAGUGGACGCUUGGCGGGGCCCACGGUUUCAGAAGCGCCGCCUCAGCCAUGGCCCCAAUCAAGGUGGGAGAUGCCAUCCCUUCGGUGGUGGUUUUUGAAGGGGAGCCUGGGAACAAGGUGAACUUGGCAGAGCUGUUCAAGGGCAAGAAGGGGGUGCUGUUCGGAGUCCCUGGGGCCUUUACGCCCGGCUGUUCCAAGACCCACCUGCCAGGAUUUGUGGAGCAGGCUGAUGCUCUGAAGGCCAAGGGGGUCCAGGUGAUAGCCUGUCUGAGUGUUAAUGAUGUCUUCGUAACUGAAGAGUGGGGACGAGCUCACAACUCGGGAGGCAAGGUUAGGCUCUUGGCUGACCCCACUGGGGCCUUUGGGAAGGAGACAGAUUUAUUACUAGAUGAUUCAUUGGUGUCUCUCUUUGGAAAUCAUCGGCUCAAAAGGUUCUCCAUGGUGGUAGAGGAUGGCAUAGUGAAGUCCUUGAAUGUGGAGCCGGAUGGUACAGGCCUCACCUGCAGCCUGGCCCCCAACAUCCUCUUGCAGCUCUGAGGCCCUGGGCCUGUUACUCCUUCUACCCUUUCCUGUUUCACCUGCCCAGCCCUGGACAGAGGACCCAGUCCAGCCUCAACGGGGGCCACCAAGUGGGAAUUGUGACCAAAUUUCUGCAAUAAACAUUUCUGGUUCACAGUUA